GUAACUUGUCACAAAAAUAACAUGCCGCUUCAUAACGAAUUGCAUAAACUUGCAAAACGUGGAUCUUGAUAAAACGCGAAACAGUGAGAGUAGUGGAGAGUAACAGGUUAAGAUUUUGUGCCUUUAAUUAUUUAGUUAAAUCAGUUAAAUGGUAUAUUUAUGGAAUGACAAACUUACUGUCCUUUGCCUAGAUACUAUUUUUAUCUAAGACGUACUGGACGGGGAGGACGAAAAUUAGACGAAGUUCGAGAUAAAUACCAAAAAGCAUGUAGAAAAUUGCACUUGACACACAACGAGUAUGUUCUAUUAUUAUGCGAAGCGGCCGAAUUCGAAAAAGAUUUUCGAACUGUUUUAUUGCCAGGACUUUUAGAAUACCAACAAUCCGUUCAAGAGGGGUUUGUACUAACUUGGUAAGGAGACAACUUCUGCAAGAUCUGGCGCAUUUUUCUGAUUUCACAUCAGACAAAUACAAAGAUAUUCAUAAACGAAUUGAUAGCAGUUUACAUUCCAUUAAACAUACAGAAGAAUAUAAUGACUUCACUGAGAAACAUAAAACUAGUCCAACUGAAGCUGUGAAAUUUAGUUUUGAUGAGAGUUUGACUGAAGAAAAUGCGGGAAAGUUACUGCCAAAUCAAUUAACAGUGGAUAAUCUUACAGUGGAAUGGUUACGAACAAAGCUAUCUGAUUUAGAAACAAAUAUUAAGGAUAUUCAAGAAAAGAAGACUAAUUUUUCAUCCCAAAAUCAAGAAAUAUUACAUAAUGGAAAAAGUAGUAAUAAUGAUAUAAGUGCUAGUAAAACGUCCUUGGUAGAUACCAGUAAAAAAGAGCUUAAUGAAUUGAAAUGUCAAGAGCGUAAAAUGUUGAAACAAACUGAAUUAAUCAAAUGUGCCUUAAAUGAGCUGGGAUGUGAAGAAGUGCCGUCUGGUUGUGAUCUUUCUAUUGAUAAUCAACCCUUUGUUAACUCUAAUUCUAGUGAACAGGGUGAUGGUACAGAACCUUCCUUGAUAAAAAGAGCUUUGGGGCAUCAGAAGAUAGUUAACUUGCUUAAGAAGCCAUUCCGUAGAAAGUCUGAACCAUCAUCACCUGUGGCGCCUCCUCGCACGAAGGGACGGCGUGAAUCUACACCUCAUAGUGAUGGGUCAGAUCCAGUAGCUCUAAGCACAAAUAAAACUCUAAUGGAUGAAGAAUGGUUUCAUGGAGUUUUACCAAGAGAAGAAGUAGUCAGAUUGCUCACUCAGGAAGGGGACUUCCUUGUUAGAGAAACGACAAGAAACGAUGAAUGUCAAACUGUUUUAUCUGUAUGCUGGGGUGGGCACAAACACUUUAUUGUUCAAACUACUGCAGAAGGCCUUUACCGUUUUGAGGGACCUGCUUUUCCCAGCAUUAGAGAAUUAAUUUUAUACCAAUUUAGUAGCGGUUUGGCCGUCACCGGCAGGUCUGGUGCGAUUUUACACAAACCAAUCCCUAGAGAGAGAUGGGAACUAAACAACGACGACGUGAUUUUACUUGACAAAAUUGGAAGGGGAAACUUCGGAGAUGUCUACAAAGCACAACUAAAGAGUAGCAAUCAAGAAGUGGCUGUAAAAACCUGUAGGGUUACACUACCUGAAGAGCAUAAGAAGAAAUUUUUACAGGAAGGCAGAAUUUUAAAGCAGUAUGAUCAUCCAAAUAUUGUUAAACUUAUCGGAAUUUGUGUGCAGAAGCAGCCAAUCAUGAUUGUUAUGGAGUUGGUUCCAGGUAGGUACCUAUAUCUACGAAAUGAACCUCAACAUUGUUGUCAUUUUUUUUUCUAACGAGCGUUGAAAUAA